AUGAGGUCAAGCUCACGAAACUAUUACGAAGGGAAGAAUAUUGAACGUUCAAGAAAUCGUAACACUCCUAAGGAUAAACCAAGUGACAGCGGUCGAGAUUCAGGAAAAGAGUCUUCGAAUAUCUCCGAACAUGAACGUAAACCAGCUUGUUACGUUUGCGAACCAACUGGAUGGACUGUCCCGGAUUCUGAAAUUACGGAUCCAGUGUAUGUAUGUGAAAGCGACUCGUCGACAUUCGUUCCUUUACCACAAGCUCAAAUCGACAAACGUCCUACGACCGACCCACGAAUUGAGGAGCACUUCAUUGGCGUCCGCACCUGUGACGAGGCCGGCGCCAUUGUGAAACCGGACGAUUUUGUGUUAUACUAUAGGAAGGACGAUGACAACGAAUUGGAUGUGACCAUACCACUCUGUUUGGCGCAUCGAAACACGAGAAAUAAGGAGUCAUCAGCAAUCAUUCGGAUGCGAGAAUGGUCUGGAGAGCACAAAUCGGAAUUGAAGCCAGUUAAGUUGAGGCUGCUGUCGAAAUGCACUACCUCGCUUCUCGUGAAGAACUCUGACCAUCUAGCCGGUGGUCUUCUUGCAGUGCGUUUAACAUUGCGAGGAAUCCAGCCACUAACGGCUCUUGUCCAUCGGUUGUGA